CGCCGCGAUGGGCGUGGAAGGCUGCACCAAAUGCAUCAAAUACCUGCUGUUUGUCUUUAAUUUUGUCUUCUGGCUGGCGGGAGGAAUCAUUCUAGGUGUGGCAUUGUGGCUUCGCCAUGACUCGCAGACCACAACUCUCUUGGGAGUAACACUAGAAGACCGGGAACCUCCCAAUACUUUCUAUGUUGGAAUCUACAUCCUGAUUGCUGUUGGAGCAGUGAUGAUGUUUGUGGGUUUCCUGGGAUGCUAUGGUGCCAUCCAGGAGUCACAGUGCCUUCUUGGAACAUUCUUCACAUGCCUCGUUAUCUUGUUUGCUUGCGAAGUGGCUGCUGGAAUCUGGGGAUUUGUUCACAAAGAUCAGGUUGCCAAAGAUAUCAAACAUUUCUAUAAUGAGGCUUUGACCCAAGCACAAGGGGCAGGAGACAAAGCGCAGAAGGCGAAAACUGUUGUGAAAACCUUCCACGAUACGUUAGAUUGCUGUGGCUCACAUGCCUUGUCAGCUGCAGCUGAUUACCUGACUGGUGAAAACCUGUGCCCGGAGAACAGCCUCACAAAGAUGAUUUCUGUGAAAGACUGUCACUCUAAAAUUGAUGAGCUGUUCUCUGGAAAGCUGUACCUAAUUGGUAUUGCUGCCAUCGUGGUGGCCGUGAUCAUGAUCUUUGAAAUGAUCCUGAGCAUGGUAUUGUGCUGUGGCAUCAGAAGCUCUGUCUAUUGAGAAGUGGAAGGGCAGGGGCAAAGCAACGGUGCCGAAGGGACCCCAAAGUGCCACUGUUUGAGCAGGAGAUGCUUCCAAUGAAAGACAAAGAAAAUUAUGUAUAUAAAUAUUUCAGAUAUUACCAUACAGUACUUAUCAUUCUUACUUGGAAGUCUUUUCUUAAAUGUGUGUGUGUGGGGGGGAGUUUUCUGUGUGUUUGUGGUGGAGUUAGUUUCACAUCAGUUUGUGUUGUUGGAAAGCUGCCACACCAGUAGUUCCAGACCUUCUAUCAAAGAUGGCCGUUCUCUUCCCCCUUCCUUUUGCCAGUGUUCCCAUACUGCCAGCAAGGAACUAGAGGGUGCCAUU